GAGGAGUGAUAUGUGCAUAGUAGGGAAAUGGUGUAAACCAGAGAAGUCAUCCUCGCCAGAGGAGGUGUAUCUGCCAGAGAGGUCAUCCUCGCCAGAGGAGUCGUGCUUACCAGAGAAGUCAUCCUCGCCAGAGGAGGUGUAUCUGCCAGAGAGGUCAUCCUCGCCAGAGGAGUCGUGCUUACCAGAGAAGUCAUCUUCGCCAGAGGAGGUGUAUCUGCCAGAGAGGUCAUCCUCGCCAGAGAAGACAUUUUCACCAGAUGAGUCACUAAAGGCGCGGGGAGGUCUCCCGCGUAAAACUGAAAUUACUAUCUUACCCUUCAAUGUAUUAAAGGGGCUUAAGCCCAAUUAUCUUAGGGAAUGGGCUUGAGGCCCUAAGGCUUUAUUUACAUGCUUAUAAAUAGAGACUUAGUGGUAGGUUAGAGGGGGGGAUCAUCUCAUUUUUUACUCUUUCAUCUCUUGUAAAAUGUAAUUCUCUCGAAGUAUAGUGAAAAAACCCCAAAACACCCCGUGGACGUAGGUCUUCUCGACCGAACCACGUAAAUCCGGUGUCGUUUACUGCUUUU